UACACCUCGUCCGGCGUCCGCAUUAUAAAUCUACGCCAACUCAUUGUCAAAACAAGUUGCGAGCCACUUAGGGCAGGACUGAUUUCACCUGCCCAAAGCCUUCAAGACCCUAGAGACUCUCUCUCUCUCUCUGUGUGCGCGCACAGCUAGUGGUUCAUCUUACAAUGGCUAACAGUAGCAAUAAUAAUAAAGUGCAAGUAGUAGAAUUAGACGACGAGAUUGAGGGAGGACAUGUGGACACCACCGACUACUACUUCGUUAAGGUCGGCGAGCCCGUGCCGAUCAAACUGCAGGACUCCAAUUUCGACUUGGGAAGCCCUCCCUCUCAGCCCCUCGCGGUCUCCGAAAUCCACGGCCUUAUCGUCGUCGCCCAUUCCGGUGGAUUUUGUGUUGCUAGGACGAAGGACGUCAUUGCUUCGGCCAAGGAUAUAAAAGAGAAGGGAAGUGGUUCUUCUAUUCAGGAGCUAAGUGUUGUAGAUGUUCCCAUCGGCAAGGUUCACAUCUUGGCUAUCUCCACCAACAAUUCUACCCUCGCUGCUGCUAUUGCUUCACAUGUCCAUUUUUUUUCCCUGAACUCCCUUCUCAAAAAGGAAUCUAAACCAUCCUUCUCCUGUUCACUCGACCAGUCAAGCUUUGUUAGUGACCUACGAUGGAGAAAAAAGUCAGAAAAUUCUUUUGUAGUUCUUUCAAAUUCUGGCAACCUAUAUCAUGGAGCGGUUGAUGGGUCACUUAAGGAUUUGAUGGACAAUGUUGAUGCUGUUGAAUGGAGUGUAAAAGGCAAAUUUGUUGCUGUGGCAAGAAAAAAAGUCCUUUGCAUUUUGUCUUCAAGAUUCAAGGAGCGGUUGUGCAUGCCACUAUCAUCGAAAAAAGGGUUUGGUGAUUCUGAAGUAAACUGCAGCAUAAAAGUGGAUUCUAUCAAGUGGAUUCGUCCCGAUUGCAUUAUUCUAGGGUGCUUUCAACUUGCUACAGAUGGGAAAGUGGAAAAUUACCUUGUCCAAGUUAUCAGAAGCAAAGACGGCAAAAUUACUGAUGGCUCUGUCAAGCCUGUUGUGCUAUCCUUUUAUGAUUUAUUUCUAGGUUUUAUUGACGACAUUUUGCCCAUUCGAAGUGGACCGCUUUUGUUCUUGAGCUAUUUAGAACAAUGCGGGCUAGCAAUUACUGCCAACAGGAAUAAUACAGAUAGGCAUAUUGUGUUGCUUGGUUGGCCACUAGCUGAUGAGAUAAAUGAAGUUGCAGUUGUCGAUAUUGAGCGAGAAAAGUGGCUACCAAGGAUUGAGCUUCAAGAAAAUGAUGAUGAUAAUUUGAUCCUGGGCCUUUGUGUUGACAAAACUUCACCCUUUGAGAAAGUCAAAAUCCAACUUGGAAUUGAGGAACAUAGAGAGCUCUCACCGUAUUGCAUUCUUCUGUGCCUUACUCUGGAAGGAAAGCUUGCCAUGUUCCAUGUGGCCAGUGUUGGAGGUACUUCUGUUCCACCGGUGGUUACUUAUGCUCCUUCUGAUGAGGAAGAGGAGGAAGAGGAUACUCAUGCAGUGAUACCUGUAGAAUGUCAUCUAUCCAAACCUUCACUCGGACUAGAUAAACAGGAAUUCGAGCAGGUCUCUUUGGGAAUUCAAUUCCAGGAUGUGAACAAAAAGGAACUUAACACCAAAGAAGAUGGCAAGAUUAAUAAGAAAAGUGAUUUAAAGCCCUUUGAUUUGAGAAAGAGUUCAGUGUCUCCAGUUGUUGCUACUCCCAUAUCACUUAGAGAGAGUAAUUCCAAAAACUGGAAAGGCGAUUCCCAGUCAAAUUCAGAAUCAUUUGAAACUGAUAAGCAACACACCAUACCAGACACCAAGUGGUACCAGGACACAGAUGGUCAACAAGUACAGCCUUUCAAGCAGCAAAGCCCCGAAUUUUACCAAUCACAUUUUAAAGCUUCUUUUAACACGGGUAAAGACUUGAGCAAGAUGGGAACUCAGGAAAUUGCAGAUCUCGAAUCUGGAACUUCUGUUGAAGGAAGAAGUUCAGCUGAUAUCCUUGGUCAGUCAAAUCGUAAGAAUUUAUUAAAUAGUGUUGGGAUGGCUAAGGAAUCCAUGGGAAAUAUCGGAUCAACUAGCUUACAGAAUGCUUCAUCUCAUUCAUGGACAAAUGGAAAAUUCAUAAAUCCAAGAGACAAUAGUGCAAGAUCUGAGUUUUCAUUUGCAGGAUCUAUUCAAGGCAAUCAAACUGAAAACUCUGGCAUUAGUUUUGGUGCUGCAGUUUCUGGUGGCCUAGCCGUAAAACCUUUUCAUUUAAAGGAUUCCAGCGUUACAUCAACGUCAGUCAAUUUUACUGGCAGACCAGCUCAGGGUGGGGGACAGAGAACUUUAACAGGGGCGCAAAAUGUUGAAUCAUUGCCUUCCUUCCGUAGCUCACAAAUGUCAGUGCAGGAAAACUUUGCUGCAGGAAAGUCCCUCAACCAUAAGCUUCAACCUUCCAAGGAAGAUAACAAAUUUCCCCCCCUGUCAGGCAUGCUGAACUCUGAACCAAACUUAUCAAAGCAAUUUGGAAAUAUAAAUGGGAUGACCAAAGAGCUGGAUGCACUUUUGGAAUCUAUAGAAGUAGAGGGCGGUUUCAGGGAUGCCUGCACCAUUUAUCAGAACAGUUCAGUUGAAGCAUUGGAGCAAGGAAUGAGUACCCUUUCUGACCAAUGUAGAACAUGGAAGGGCAUUGUCAAGGAACAACUUGGAAAGGUCCAGCAUCUUCUUGAUAAAACUGUUCAAGUUUCAGCAAGGAAAAUAUACAUGGAAGGCAUUGUUAAACAAGCUUCUGAUAGCCGAUAUUGGGACCUCUGGAAUCACCAGAAGUUGAGUUCUGAACUUGAGCUGAAGCGGCGGCAUAUACAACAAAUGAAUCAGGAUUUGACCAAUCAAUUAAUUGAAUUGGAAAGGCAUUUCAAUGGCCUGGAACUCAAUAAAUUUGGUGCAAAUGCUGGAGCUCAUGUGGCUCAGACAGCUUUCCAGACUAGAUUUAGGCCUUCAAGGCGUAUUCAGUCCUUGCAUAGUUUACAUAGCACAACGAGUUCACUAUCAGCAGCUGCUGAACAACUUUCUGAAUCUCUCUCAAAACAAAUGGCUGUUCUGAGUAUUGAGUCACAAGUAAAACAACAGAAUAUAAAAAAAGAGUUGUUUGAAACAGUAGGGAUCCCUUAUGAUACCUCUUUCAGCUCUCCAGGUGCAACCAAAGUUAGUGAUACCCCUUCAAGGGAGAAACUCUUCUCUUUAGGUUCUGCUGCUGCUAAAGAUCAGUCCAAAAGAAACCAAUUGAGUUCCAUGAAGUGUUCCGAACCAGAAACGGCAACGAGGAGAAGAGACCCAUUACAUCAGAGUUGGACUGCUUUUGAGCCUUCGAGAACUACUGUUGAAAGGAUCCUUUUGGAUGAGUCCCAGAAGACAAGUGUGACUAGGUCAUCCUAUUCUAUGGAUAAGCAGCAGUUUAGCCCUUGCCUUCCAGAAAGUUCUGCAAUUGCUCAUCACACUGCCCUCUCAACCUUCUUUUAUCCAUCUGAAAACAACGCAGGCAUGCAGGAUACAUCAACCAAAAACGCCUCAAAGAACCCAAUCCAUUUUUCAUGGUCUAAUAAACUUCCGGGAUCAUCGCAAACUUUUGGGCAAAAGCCUCCUACACUGCAAAGGGACAAUGCUACAGCAUCGUCAUCUCAGUCAUCCUUCCAAUUUUCACCUAUACUUGCAAAAGGUCAUACACGGGAAGGUUUCGACAUGGCCACAGAAAAUUCCUUCAAUGGUAUAGGUUAUCAGCCUGGUUCAGUUCCAAUAAAUGAUGCUAAGCCAACGCUGCAGUCUAAUACUAACCAAAAUCAGAAGCCGUCCAUAUCCACUAUGUUACCCACACAAACACUGUCAUUGCUGAAGAAAUCCAAUGAGAUGUCUAAUUCUAAUAGUAAAGAAACUAUGGUUUCAAGUUCUAGAACUGGAACUAUUGAGGAUGAACCUUCAAGUACAAAAAGUUCACCCCUAGAAUCAAGGAAAAUGCCGGACUCUUCUUUCUCUUCCAUAUUUAAUAUUUCUGCAGUUCCCAGCCUAACUGGAAAAGAUCAUCUUGAUAUUCCAGUGGGAAAUAGCCAGCCUGGUGACAAUGAGUUAGCUUCUGUUGUUUCGGUACCACUUUCAGCUCCAUUAUUUCCAAUGAUCAAUCCAACGACAGCUCCUCUCUCUUCAUCAUCUACUCCAACUACUGUGCAAACCUUGUCAUCUUCAAUUCCCCCAAGUAGAUCUUUCACCACUUUUGAUGCAAGUACAGAUGCUAAUCAAAAGGUCUCAACACUGACUUUCCCUUCUCUAAGUGCCCCUUCCUCUGGUUCCUUCUCCUUGCAACCUUCCAAAAUGCCAGUGCCCUCACGUAUUUCUGCAACCUCUGAGUCUCCUAGAAUAGAGCUCCAACCUCCUAUGGGCAAACUGAAUUUGACAACAGAUAUGGAUGCUAGAAAACAAGCACCACCUCUGCAGCCUGCGCCUCCGAGUGACGAUGUCAAAUUGAGGCUUGAAACUUCAAUAACAGCUGGCCAUACAAUUGAAAUUUCAACCGGUCCAUCGUCUGGAAGCCAGCCCAGUUUCAGCAACAUGGGAAGUCGUGCACCCAAUGUGACACUGAAUGCUCAACCAGAACAGCCAUCUGCUGCACGUAUUCUGUUCCCAACGCCUCCCCCCACUUCUGGUAGUGGAACUAGUGAAAAGAAUGAAAGCUUGGAUGUUGCUGUAACAGAAGAGGAUGAGAUGGACGAGGAGGCUCCUGACACUAGUAACACAGCUGAACUUAGUUUGGGAAGCCUUGGCGGAUUUGAGAUUGGCUCCACCCCUAUUCCAACUGCUCCUAAGUUAAAUCCAUUUGGUGGUCCAUUCGGUAAUGCGGCAUCAAGUCCAUUGAGCUCAGAAUUUAACAUGACGGUUCCUAGUGGAGAGUUGUUCCGCCCUGCAUCCUUUAACUUCCAAUCUCCUCAGUCUUCACAACCAUCCCAACCAACAAAUUCAAGUGCAUUCUCUGGUGGCUUCAGUGCUGGAACGACUGCUCAGGCUCAAUCUCAAACUGGGUUUGGCCAGCCGACACAGAUUGGAUCAGGGCAGCAAGCACUGGGAUCAGUUCUUGGUGCUUUUGGUCAGUCAAGGCAGCUUGGUACUGGUCUACCAGGCGUAGGUUUUGCGACUCCCAAUGGUUUUGGUGGCAGCUCUAGUUCGACUGGUGGGUUUUCAAGUGCAAAUCCUGGUGGUGGAUUUGCUGGUUUGGCUUCAGGUAGUGGCGGGUUUGCUGGUGUGGCUCCUGGGGUGGGGGGAUUUUCAGGUGUAGCUUCGGCUGGUGGUGGGUUUGCUGGUGCUGCCUCAGUAGGUGGUUUUGGAGCUGUUUCUAGUGGUGGAUUCCCUGCGGCAGGUAGCGUGUUUGGGGCUUUCAACAGCCAACAAGGUGGUGGUGGUUUCUCUGCGUUUAGUACUAGCACUGGAGGAACUGGGAAGCCUCCUGAGCUCUUCACACAGAUGAGAAAAUAGUUUUAUCGUGUAUGGAUAAAGGCUCACAGGAAAUUUAAUUUGAUCACAAAAGUUAGAUUCUAAUGAAGGCCAUUGUAUGAAACCACCUAAAAUGGUUAACGAGACUUUUUGGGCAAAUUAGGCUAUUCUCUCAUAUCCAAUAGGUUCAAUUUCCCAAAUUUAUUUAGUGACAAAUCAAGUUAGUAUCAAUGAUCCAAAAAGAAAUCAAAUUAGUAUCGUUGGUCUGAA